GUGUUAAUCAAAUGAAUCACGUUUAAGAAGAACAAAACAACAUCUGACAACAACAUUAUUAGAAACGAUCAAACGAAUAACGAUCAGUAGGUAGCAAAAUCUUCCUUCCACGACACCUCAUCAUAAUAUAACCAACAACACACAUACUGCUUCUCCACAACGCGUCGUAGGUUAUCAUUACUCUUUCAUUCAUUCAUUCAUCGUAUUAUUCAUAUUUCAGAUUCAUCUCUCUCUCUCUCUGAACCAUUUGUCUUUCCUUCCGGAGCUUUCCAAUUUCAAUCUCCCUCUCUUCAAUCUUCAACUUUCAUAUUCAUCAUUCUUCUGUUUCAACGAUUCAUCCAUUCACCAGGAAUUCGAACCAGGGAGGAUUGUUUCUUAUCUUUCUCUGUUCGAAUUCUUUGGACCUUCUCUCUUAUUCAGAUUCUCUCAAAUUCUUCAUAAUAAUGCUGCUUUCAACCCUUUCGAGAUUCUUUUGCUGAUGGGAUCAGAAGGUUCUUAAAAUGGACAGCUCAGAAACAUAAAUUUGGAUCAUUAAUACUACUACUACUACUGGGAUUUGAAAUUUGGAAACUAAGCAAUAAUCUCAAUUUGUGUUAAGUUUGUUUGCUUUUGUAAUUUAUUUAUUUUUGGAGGGUGGACGACCACGACGACGACAUGGCUAUUGAAGUGGCAUCAUCUGUUGUCUCGAAGUUACAAAUGCUAUCCACGUCCGAUCAUGCCUCCGUUGUUUCCAUGAACUUAUUUGUUGCACUUCUAUGUGCUUGUAUUGUCCUUGGCCAUCUUCUCGAGGAGAAUCGGUGGAUGAAUGAGUCCAUCACUGCCCUUUUGAUCGGUAUUGCCACUGGUGUAGUCAUUUUGCUGUUAAGUGGUGGAAAAAGCUCGCAUAUUCUUGUUUUCAGUGAAGAUCUUUUCUUUAUAUACCUUCUUCCGCCUAUUAUAUUCAAUGCCGGGUUUCAGGUGAAAAAGAAGCAAUUUUUCGUCAACUUCAUGACUAUCACGUCGUUUGGUGCUAUUGGCACAUUAAUAUCCUGCGUCAUCAUAACUUUCGGUGCUACCCAAGCUUUUAAGAUGAUGGAUAUUGGGCCGCUGGAUAUCGGCGAUUACCUAGCUAUUGGAGCAAUAUUUGCCGCGACAGAUUCUGUUUGCACAUUACAGGUGCUAAAUCAGGAUGAGACACCUUUGUUAUAUAGUCUUGUAUUUGGGGAAGGUGUUGUGAACGAUGCUACCUCGGUGGUGCUUUUCAAUGCAAUUCAAAGCUUUGAUCUCGACCGACUUAAUCCUUCAAUUGCAGUGCACUUUUUGGGCAACUUCUUGUAUUUGUUUAUAGCAAGCACGCUCCUUGGUGUUUUGACAGGUCUGCUUAGUGCUUACGUUAUCAAAAAGCUGUACAUUGGCAGGCACUCUACAGAUCGUGAAGUUGCUCUUAUGAUGCUAAUGGCAUACCUCUCCUAUAUGCUGGCUGAGUUAUUCUAUUUAAGUGGCAUUCUCACGGUAUUCUUUUGCGGUAUUGUUAUGUCUCAUUAUACUUGGCAUAAUGUGACCGAGAGUUCAAGAGUCACUACCAAGCAUUCUUUUGCUACCUUGUCGUUUGUUGCUGAGAUAUUUAUCUUCCUUUAUGUUGGUAUGGAUGCCCUGGACAUUGAAAAAUGGAAGUUUGUUAGUGAUAGUCCUGGAACAUCUAUAGCAACAAGUGCAGUAUUGUUGGGUCUAAUACUUCUUGGAAGAGCAGCGUUUGUUUUCCCCUUAUCCUUUUUAUCCAACUUGACUAAAAAACAACAACAUCAGAAGUUAUCCUUCAGACAGCAAGUGAUCAUUUGGUGGGCUGGUCUUAUGAGAGGCGCUGUUUCAAUGGCCCUCGCGUAUAAUCAGUUCACUAGGUCGGGGCACACUCAAUUGCGUAGCAAUGCAAUCAUGAUCACCAGCACCAUCACCGUUGUCCUUUUCAGCACAGUGGUGUUUGGUUUGCUGACUAAGCCACUUAUAAGGCUUCUACUACCUCAUCAUCAUCAGAAACCCACAAACAGCAUGACAACCACAGAAUCAUCUACUCCAAAAUCGGUCAUUGUCCCACUUCUAGGAGAGGCUCGAGAUUCUGAAGCUGAUCUUGAAGGCCAUGAAAUACACCGUCCAAACAGCAUCCGUGCCUUACUUUCCACUCCAACUCACACAGUUCAUCGACUAUGGAGAAAGUUUGACGAUUCAUUCAUGCGUCCUGUAUUUGGUGGCAGGGGUUUUGUUCCUGUAGAACCUGGCUCACCAACUGAACGCAAUGGUACUGUAUGGCGUUGAGAAGAAAAAACGAGCAAAUAUGUCACGUGUGUUGUAUACUAUGUAUGAUUUGUGAAAAAUCAAGCAUUGUAUGUAUAAAUGUAUGUACACACAUAAGAACAUUGUAAUGAAAUUUUGUUAAGUUGUUUGAGUGUAGCUAGUACGAGAAGGCCUUGUACCAUAAGCCAUCUCUGUCUCUUGUGUAAACUACAAUAUUUUUUAGAUUCUCUCAGCCACAUGUUUGUGUAUGUGUUGGUUUUAUUUUUUGCGUUCAGCUUCUUCCUCUAAUGAACAAAUGAUGAUUUUUUAGUCA